GUGCAAUACAAGAUUCAAGACUACGUUCGCAUAUCUCAAUAUUGUAAACAUCUCCUUUCUCACAUUUUUGUUGCAAAUCCUCUAAAGUCUUACUGACCCAUCGCAGCUGCGACAAUCUCCACCGUUCAAAACCCGCCCUAUGGAUCUCCUCCACUCCGCUUCUCCAUUCCCCGCCAUCGGAUUCGCCCACACUCAUCGUUCCAGAUCCACUAUCCCUCUACACACUUGCAGACGACUCUGCAUCGUAAGGGCGAGUCUGCCUUUUUCGAUUCAGAAAGCGAAGUACUGCAGAGAGCUCGAAGCUGCGGUGGACGUGGUGGAGAGAGCUUGUCAUCUUUGUGUGGACGUGAAAUCAUCUUUGUUCUCUACUGAUGAUCGGAUUGUUGAGAAGAAUGACCAGACUCCGGUAACGGUUGCAGAUUUCGGUGUGCAGGCUCUGGUCAGUUUGGAGUUGGGUAAGCUGUUCCCUUCUAUUCCUUUGGUGGCUGAAGAAGAUUCUUCUUUUCUACGUUCAAAUAAUCUAGAAGAUUCCGUGGUAAGUGCAGUAAAUGAUAAAGCAGGUGUUGAAGAUAAACCAUGGGCACGUGAUGAUGUACUUAAAGCAAUUGACAGAGGAGCGAAGGAAGCUUUUCUUUUUGGAACGAAGCCAGCCACGUAUUGGGUGCUGGAUCCAAUAGAUGGCACAAAAGGAUUUCUAAAAGGAAGUGAAGCCUUAUAUGUGGUAGGUUUGGCUCUUGUAGUUGAAGGAGAACUUGUGUUAGGAAUUAUGGGCUGCCCUAACUGGCGUAAUGAUUUUUCCAAUGAAUUCAUCAGUGAGGUCCCGAAAAAAGAAAACUUGUCUAGAUCAGGCAUCAUAAUGGUUGCUCAUAUUGGCUGUGGAACAUGGACAAAGAGGUUAUCAUAUACGCUGGAUUGUUGGACAAGAUGCUUCGUAGAUGGAUGUCGCUUAGUACAUGUGGCACACUUUUGUGUGCCAGAUAGUCAAACAUGGGAAUCGUUGCCACUGUCAGCAACAGUCAGUGCCACAACUAAUGCUGACAGUAUUGAGGAUAAUCAAGUUCUUCUUUCGCCAACAUGUUGCGGAAGCUUAUGCAAGUACUUAAUGGUGGCUUCAGGAAGAGCUUCUGCUUUCAUUCUUCUAGCAAAAGCUCAAAGGACUGUCAAGGCUUGGGAUCAUGCUGUUGGCAUGAUAUGUGUGCACGAAUCAGGGGGGAAGGUGACUGACUGGAAAGGUAGUCAAGUUGAUCUUGCUGCAGAUAUAGAUGGACGGAGAAUUAUAUUCCCUUCAGGUGGAGUUCUUGUGACUAAUGGCAGCUUACAUGAUCAGAUUCUGGAGAUGAUCUCUUCCAGAUCAUCAGCUGUUUGAUGGCGAAUCCUAACUGAUCUUGUAAUUGGAAAGGGGAGCCAUGAAGAUAUUUCUUAGAAUUUGGAGGCUUGGGACGAAGUUACAUUAGGGAAGGUGUUGGUCAUAAUUAAUUGCCGCAGUCCAGUGACUUUAAGUAAUUGACUCCUAUGAAAUUAGCGAGGUUCUAUUCUAUAGAAUUGGGUUGGAUGCUAAAGCUGGAAUAUGUCAAGUGAAGCUAUAAAAUAGCCCCAUGGAGAACAAUCUAAGGAAAUUACAUCUAAGUAAAUUCAGGAAAGGCGCCUAUGAGGUGACUUGAUCCAAUGCCCUUUAAUUUGAAAUUUCCCACUUUGACCACUUAGCCAUAGAACAUGAGAAAAUCAUUGUUUGGAAACAGAAUAUAUCUAGCUCAGUAGGUUGGGUUAUUUCGAAAUGCUUGUUAUACACUCUGGGCUUUAUUAGUUAUUACAUUGUUCAAUUUGUUUGUGUCCACUAAGAAAAAAGAUUGCUACUCAAAUAAAAUUGCUUAUACCUCUGUAUUCAGCAUUCAUCCUUGAACCUUCAAAAUGGCCUCUUCACCGUAUAGGAUUUGUAGUUUUUCAUCAU